CGCGCCACGCCGUCAUUAUAUCCUGUGAACUGUCGACACUACGUACUGUUCUCUCUCGUACGGUUCUGACGAAACAGGCAACAUGGUUAAUGUGCCGAAACAAAGACGUACUUUUUGCAAAAAAUGCAAAGUGCACAAGAACCAUAAAGUGACGCAGUAUAAGAAAAGCAAAGAAAGACGAGCGUCGCAAGGUAGAAGACGUUAUGACCGUAAACAACAGGGAUUUGGCGGUCAAACGAAACCUAUUUUCAGGAAGAAGGCGAAAACUACAAAAAAGAUUGUACUCAGAAUGGAGUGCACCGAAUGCAAGUACAGGAAACAAAUACCACUAAAAAGAUGCAAACAUUUUGAGUUAGGAGGCGACAAAAAGAGGAAGGGACAAAUGAUUCAAUUUUAGGAUUGACGUGUUCUUUCUUCUGUAUUUAACAACAAAUAAAAUAAAUCUACAAGGA